UGAAGGGAGUCUUUCAGCUGACGUGGUAUAUGAUCUCUCUUCUAGUGGAAGAAAAGGCUGAGAAAUUGUGACUACCACCUGCUAGCUUGGUAUUCAGCACAUUAAAAAUAUGAAUAAAAGGACAUUUGUAAUGUACCUGGAAAUUGGUUCCUUUGUAUCAUCUGUGGUUGGAUGGAUAUUGGUUUGUUCCACCAUGCCGAUGGAAUACUGGACAUUUUCAGAGGUUGUAUCUUCAGUCAUUACUACCAAUUACUACCAUUCCAACCUGUGGAAAGACUGUACCACUGAUUCAACUGGGAUGGUUGACUGUAAGGCUUUUCCAACAUUGCUUGCUUUGAAACCUUAUAUCCACGUAUGUCGAGCUUUAAUUAUCAUCGCUAUUCUACUGGGAUUAUUUGGAGCCAUUCUAGCCCUGGUAGGGAUGAAGUGCACCAAACUCGGGGGGUCAGAAAUCACAAAUGCAAAAGUUACCUUUGCUGCAGGGAUUAAUUAUAUGACAUCAGGUUUUUGUUCUGCUUUAGCUUACAGCUGGUAUGGAUAUAAGGUCGUUUCAGAGUUUCUUGAUCCCAACUACCAGGGACAAAAGUUUGAGCUUGGACCAGCAAUCUAUAUUGGAUGGGGUGGGUCUAUUCUUCUCACAGCUGGUGGAGUGAUUUUCAGCAUUUUUGGAGGAAAGGAGGGCUGUCAUUCAAGCACAGUGACUAAAAAGAAAAGCUUGACAUAUUCAACAUAUGGCAAUGAAGUAACAGAGCCAAGCAAACCAGCAAGGAAAUAUUCACCUUUACGUCAACCUCACAUUCAAAGCAAGAGGACUGGGCACAUUACAAGAACUAAAGACUCUAAGAAGGAAUACGUUUAGCUUUUUUUGCUUCGUUAUUAACAAACUCGGGGCACUGCAGCAAAUGUUGCAUUGGAGAUCAAAAGCAUGUACUUUACAAUUACUAGAUCAUAUCUUGAUAUUUUGGAAUCCAACUGCUCUGAAAGCAAAUAACCUUGCAUUUGCUAAUAGAUAUAGUUUAGUUUAGGUUGUUAGGCCAGAAGUGUCAUUUCUGAAUUUCUAUGCAGUUCAUGUGUAACCAUCUUCUCCAUAGGUACACAUGAUCACAACAUUGAACUACUUAAUGUGUGU